AUGUCGGAUCAAGAGGUGACUGGCAAUGCGAAGGAUAUCGGCAGGAGGCAAGCGAUCCCCGUCAUUUACGUUAGAGGAACGCAUUACGAUGUCGGCUUCGAUAUUGGUCGCACGUUCUCCGGUCUGAUUCAAAAGUUCGUCGACAUCUACAAGCCGCUGAAUGAGACUUACUUGCCGCUUUACGAAACGGAAGCGGGCAGGAGAAUUUACGACGAGACCCUCGCUUGCGUCGAACAGCAAUUCCCCGGAUACGUUAAGGAAAUUCAGGGGACAGCCGACGGUGCGAACAUCCCUUUUCACAAGUUGUUUCUAAUGCAUUUGGAUGAUAUCGUGCCAAAUGUAGCGAACGAAGGACACGAAAAUACGUUACCGGUUGGUUGCUCGACCAUCAUGUGCAAUCAACCUGGACAGGAAAUUUUGGGGCACAACGAGGAUGCGCUCAGCGAAACUUUAAAUCAUUGGUAUUUGGUUUCCGCGCAUGUAGUCGAGCCGGACUGCAAGGAAGAGAAGUUUACGUCCCUGAGUUAUGCCGGCUUUUUACCAGGAUACACAAUGGGUUAUAAUAAUCACGGUCUCGCUUAUACGAUCAAUACGCUUAGCGCUGCUACUUUGAGAUCCGCCAGAUACUUUCUGACCCGAGCAUUGUUAACUGCGGAGAACUACGUGCAAGCUCAACAAAUUUUAAGAAACGAAGGUUUCGGCGCGGCAGAAGGGUUUUCGGUAAAUAUGACUUUUCUAACGCAAGAGGGGGAUAGAAUGUUUCAUAAUGCCGAGGUCGGUCCUUGCGAGAUCAACGGCACGCAAUCGCAAUUAAGCAUAUUGACCGUUAGCCCUGGAGAGAAUACGUUUCACUGCAACAAGUACCUUCGAUUGAAAAUACCGGAAGUCGAGGGUCUCAUUAUAAAUAGCAGCGACAAAAGAAUGGCUACCAUUUGUAGCCACCCUCCUCCCAAAUCUCGCCAAGACGUUGUAAACAUUCUAAGCGACCAAACAGGCGACGACUACAGAGUUUAUCAAGAGAAAAAUAAAGACGAUUAUGUGAAAACUAUAGCAACCGGUAUUUUUGACUGCAUUGAAAAAACAUGGUCUAUUUACACGGACAAACCAAAUUCUACGGAACCAAUUUUGGUGAUACCGUUGCAAUUACACCUCGACUCGACAGUUCCUGCU